ACUCUUAGCAAUGGAAUCGGUGAAGGAGUUCAAAGAUUUUCUCUCCCUACCAUUUUUUUGUGCAAAAUUAGUUGGUAUCGAUCCGACUCGGGGUCCAGAAACAUUUCGCUUUAAGCUUUCUUGUUUGGCCCUUGCAAUUGGGGUUAUUAACCACCUUUAUCUGAUGCUAGGUGAACUCGUUUAUUUCCAUAGACACAUUGGGGAAUUUACAAGCCUCCUCGAAGCCACAAAAACAGGUGCUUACAUCGCCUAUGGAAUUAAUACCAAUACAAAGGUUUUCGCUGUGCUUUCGGACUUAAGUCUUUUAAAAAAUGUUCUGCGAACCAUAGAAGAACUUUAUCCGAAAAGCCUCAAAGAAAAACGUGCCUUCCGUGUUAAUGAAAACUUUUGGUCCAUAUCCAUCUAUUUACUGGUUGCGACAUAUUUUCUAGCCGGAUGGAGUACUUAUUUUAUGCCUGGAAUCAAGUCUAUAUACCAGUAUAUGAGAUUUGAUGAGGAGUUUUCCUAUGAGACACCAUUCUGGGUGGAACAUCCCUUUUAUUAUCAAACCAAGCUGCUCUACGGUCUAGUAUACUUCAGUGAGCUUUGGGGUGGACAUUUGUGUGUAUCAUGCAACAUCGGGAUUGACCUUCUACUAUGUUGUUUGUCUAGGCAGAUGUCUAUGCAUUUCAAAUAUAUUGGGAAAAAGAUAGAGCAGUAUUGUCCGACAGGUAAACCAGAGGACAGUGCUUUCUUUGGCAAAUUAAUAGAGCAGCAUCAGCUAAUAUUGAAGUUGUGUUUGGAUUUGAACGAGAUUUUUGGGAUAUCGUUGGUUUUCAAUUUCUUUUCAUCGUCCGGCAUUAUUUGCUUGUCAGCAUUCCAGGUUACCGUCGAGGGACCUGGCAUGGAAUUUAUGAAAUUCUUCUUGCUUUUAAUAUCUGCUCUUGGCCAGCUAUUUAUUGUUUGUUCUUUUGGAAAUGAACUGAUUGAGUCGAGUCUUAGCAUAAUUGAGUGCAUAUUCAAUCAUCCUUGGUACAGAGGCAGCCAAUCUUAUAAGAAACAAUUGGUAAUUUUUAUUUUGCGUUGCCAGAAACCAGCAACACUUAUUGCAAAAGGAUAUUCUGUGGUAUCACUUGUGACAUUCAAGCAGGUCAGCAGCAUGUCUUACAGAAUCUUCGCUUUAUUGAACACAUUUCACACUGGGUAAUAUCUACAACCAAAUAUAGACAGUAAAAUAUUCUAUUACCUUUUAUUCAACCAUGUUAUGUUAUCAUGUAUUGUAAAAUUGUGUUUACCUAAUUCAAAAGUUAUGUUAUACAGGGUGUCCCGGGAUGAGAUAAGAAGACUUUGAGGGAUGAUUCUUGGGUAUAUUCUAAGAAAAAAAUUGUUCUACAGUAACUCUCUAUCUGCAAAGUUGAUACCCUUUAGCGAUGAUAUAAGAAAACGCUUACUUUAGCAUGCCUUUACUCAUGUUAAUGUUAAUAACUCUGUUAAUACUUAUGAUAAAAACUUCAUUAAUGUCUUGAUUUUUAGAAGAAAUGCUAUUCU